AUGUCUGAUGAAAUUAAUACAGGUUCAUCUGAACAGGAUAAUGUAGGAAACGUUCAAGGUAAAUCAAAUUACCCGCCAAGUUUUGGCAUGGCCACAGAUGUUGCUACAGAACCAUCCACUUCCCAAACUGCGAUAGCGUGUACUCAGAAAGAACCUUUAAGUUUUGAACACAAGGGAAUUCAGCUUGAGGAGAGUUUGAAAAACGAUCAGGCAAUUCUUAAUAUUAUUGGGCAGGAAGUUGUUCGAAAUGAAGAAAUGUGUGAUUCAAGAGACCCAGAUCACGAGGAAAGAUCAAGUGAUGACAAACUUGUUGAAGAUAAGCGAAUACAAGUUCAAGGAUGCCCUGAAAUUGUAAACCGCGAUCUUCUUGAGGAAAAUGCGAAAACAAUUGACUUAGGAAAACCCAAUCAGUUAAGGACUCAACUGCAACAAGAAAAAGAUAGUGAAGUGAAUAAUCAGCAACUAACUGAUGUGGUUGAGCAGGAUACUUCAUGUAGUGAAAACAAAGAAGUUAUUGACUCAAUCACUGUUGAUAACUGUGAGAAAAGAACAAAUGAAGAUAAACUUGAAAAAGAUACACCAAUGGAAACAGAGGAAUACAGCAACCAAUUGUAUGGUUUAUUUUGUAUUAUUUAUUAGUGGCAUGACAUUAAGUUUUAGCAUGUAAACAGGCUCUUUGAGUAGUCCCUUGUCUGCUCAUGCUUUCUAGAUUUUUCCAUUAUUAUAUACUCCACAAGAGGGCCUGUUCACACUUAACAUAAUUUUAAGAUUGUGUCCAAAGUUUGUUUAACACUAACCUAAGGCUGUGAGAACUGGAGUUUGAGCAGUGUGUGUGGAGGAACAAGCUGAAAUCUGUACAAAGGGCAAUGAACGGGAGAUACUACAAACACAGCACAAAUAAUGCACUACGAAAGUAAAGAACAUUGUCAGACAAAUUGCAUCAAUUAAAGGGAAGUGGGCUGGGCAUGUCACUGCACUACAGAUAACAAACAACCUCUGAGGGUUACUGAAUGGUUUCUUUUGGAGGGUAAAAGGUUUGAGAUGCUGGCAUCAUGACAUUGUCGAAAAGGAUGCAUGAUUGACUGAGAAUAGAUUGGCGAAAGACCGUACAGAUUGAAAUAAACAGACAAAAGGCUACAUCUCUCUGUGAAUAGACAGAGCCAAAAUAACAAACUAACUAACUAACUACUACUCAUGAAGAUUUCUUGGUACUGAUUUUUUUUUUUCGUAUUACAGGGUUUCCACAGUUAGAUACAACUUUACUGCCUCACCCGAGCAAGUGACAGGAGCUUGGCAAGAUUUUGAAUCAUCAGCGUCAAACUUUCUAAAGGGCUGCAAAUGGUAGGUAAUAAACUCAUAUAUUAUGGGUGGGAAAAAAGAGGGGGGCACAGAGAAGGGUGGGGAGGGUGGUGGGAGGGAAAAUGGGUUAAAGGCUACCUGGUUAGCUCAUUUGGGAGAGUACCAGUCUUCUGAGCGGGAGGUCGUAGGUUUAAUCUCUAGCCGGACCAACACUCUGGGUCUUUAAAUAACUGAGAGGAAAGUGCUGCCUUGGUAAUGACACCUGCAAACGGUUAGGCUUAUUGCUUUUUUUGCUCUUGUAAUUCUCAGUGUCUUUUGUCUUCUAGGGUUAGAAGACAAAGGACACUGAGAAUUAACCUGGGCUAAAAAAUUUUAACCCAAAAUCAAAUUUGACCAGUAACAUAUACAUGUUAUUGAUCAAAUUUAAUUCAGGUUACAGUAACAUUUUGUGAUUUUUAGGUUGAUUCUCAAUUUCAGUUCUGUUCAAUUUACUGUCUCCCUGCCCUAACUAUUCAUGAAUUAGAGUUACAAGACAAAGGAAAUUAAGAAUCAGACAACAUUGGAAAAUUCUAACCUGAAUUGAAUUCUGACCUAUAACAUACAUACUGCCUACUCUUUGCAAAGCGUCCCCAUUUCAUCCAUCUUCACAUUCUACAAUUUUACAGUCUCCUUACCCAGUCUUUCCCUUUUGUUUGUUUACACAAUUUAGGUCACCUGAUGGUUCAUGUGUACUGACAAACAGUGAUGACAAUGUGUUGAGAAUAUUUAACCUGCCUGUAGAGUUGUAUAAUGGGACAGCUGUGCAUGGACUAUCAGAAAUGGUAUGUAUAUAGUUUGAUUCACACCAAAGGUAGCUUAUGUCACCACGGCAUGCUUAUGUACUGUAUUAUCAAUAAUCCUCAAAUGUGAGGGGUAGGCUGUAUGCAAUAAGUGUAAAUGUAUUAAGUUUAUUGUCGUGUACAUUGCUUUAUGAAGCUUUCUACCUCUGCAAAAUGGAACAGAAUGGCAUUACACCAAAUUACUCUGUUGGCUGUUCAUGAUAUCUGCUUCAAGGUUAUCACAACAAACUGACCUAGGACUUAUAAUCUUUACCAGCUUCCAAAAACGAUCAUUCCCUUUUGACAAUUCUUUUAAUCUCUAUAAAGUACUACUCCUUAAAAUUUCUCCAAACUGAUAGUACAUCCCUAAAAGUUAUCUGAUUCAUAUUGACAGUGCACAGGUCAUAAGAAUGAAAUACUGGUCACUUGACCAGUGGACAAUGAGAGGGCUAGUCAAAGACAUUGAAGAUUUACAUUUCUUUAUGAUUAUUUGACUCUCCUGUUUUUUCUGUAAUAUCCAGGUCUUUUAGUCAAUAUAUAAAACUUAACCUAAAACAUUUUGAACAUAAAUGUAAACAUAAACAUUUUUAUAUCUCUUGCAACAGGUAUCUGUAUUGCAGAUGCCUGAGGGCGAGACUGUCUACGAUUAUUGUUGGUAUCCGUUUAUGUCAUCACUUGACCCAGACACAUGUUGGUGAGCAUUUAUAUCAUUUACCUCACCCUGUCCCAAUACAAUGUGUUCUUAAUUCACUCGCAUGCAGUGUUACAGCCUCAGUUGCAAGCAUCCCUAUCAUAAGCUAAACCCCACAUUGCAACCUAGUAAUAUCAGGUAGUAAUAUUUUUGGAGAUGACCAAGAUGACACCACAUUGUAUCAUAAUAUUUAGGUUGGUCAAAAUCUAGCUUGCUCAGCUCCCAAAUUGCCUAAACGUCAAGAAGGCUAAACAGUCGUAAACAUGAUACAUAAAUUAGUGGAGACAUGUUCUAUAUAUUCUCUCAAACAUGAUUAAUGAUAUCAUUACAGGUGCUAGUGUGGAGGUGUGUGUGGCCAGGGGGUUAACACCUCAUACUCCCGCUUUUCCUGCCCUACAGGUCCAGGGUUCAAGCCUUGCCUGUGACGUUGUUUCCUAAGACAAGAAACUUUACUCCACUUUGUCUCUCUUCACCCAGGUGUAUAAAUGGGUGCUGGUGACAUACUGCUGGGGAUAACCCUGUGACAGACUAGCAUCCCGUCCAGGGGGGAGUAGCAAUGCUUCAUGCUAAAUAAACAGCGAAAAGCUUCAGCUGUUUGGGGCUUUGGCUUGUGAACGCCUGUGCCUUUACCUUUUUACCUACAGGUGUUAGUGAACAUUCCAUUCCUUUGUAUUUCUGUAGUUUGUUGAGCAGCAGUCGUGACCAUCCAAUUCACAUGUGGGAUGCUUUCACUGGUUCAAUAAGAUGCACUUACAGAACUUACAAUCACUUGGUAAAUUCUCCAUCAAUUUUUUGUAAUGAUGUUAUCUGCCGUGAUUUAAAAUUAUGUAUAUAGAAGACACUGUAAGGACCCAAGUUAGUAUCCUCAUUAGCGAGAGUCCCUUAUAGCCAGAGUUUAUUUCACUCAAAUGUCUGCAAGUUAUAUUUGCCUGGGAUUUAGCUACUGUCCUUUUUAGUAGGGUGUCUACGAGGCGAAAGUUGGCUGUAACCUGUAGGUCUUUUGUUAAAGCCCGGUCUGAAUUGGCAAAAUCCAUCGCUUUAUAGUUAUGAUUUUUCACUAAUUUUUUUUGUUAAGCGGAAUUUUUAUUAAUAAAUUUGUAAAUCCAGCCCACGAUUUUUGAAAAUUUUGAUCCCUCCAGGAUGAAUUAGUUGCUGCGAACUGUUUGUCGUUUAAUCUUGAUGGCAGUUGCAUCUAUGCUGGUUUCAACAAGAUGGUUAGAAUAUUUGACACAGCUAGACCAGGACGAGACUUCCAAGAGAGACCAACCACUGGUAUGUUUAUUUUCGCCUUUUCCAGGCAUUCAGAUAGUGGAGAGUGGUGCAAAUUGGUGAGCGGAGGAAAAAAAGUGGAAAAAUGAGAAAGGAGCGAGAACGAAACCUUCUCCACCCUAACCUGCACAGGAAAAUGACAGACUGAAGGAUUUUGUUAAGUGUACUACUAACUGUAGUAAAAUAAGGUCAUGGGGCAUUUGUCCUGUGAAAGAGUCAACCAGAACUGUUCUGUUAGUUUAUGUUGCAGUUAAAAUCCAUUCGCAGGUUAAACCAGUGUUCAGCCUAGUUCGAUUCAGAAUUUCCUGCUUCUCAGCCGUAAUUACUCUUAGGAGAAAAACGGAAUUUCUUUUUAACCUGAAAACCAAUUUUAGCUACCACAUUUUCACUUGAGGAAUUUCACGAGCACCACACAUUUUCAGGAAUUUCUAGGAAACAUACUAUCACACGUUUCUUUUCUUUGUUGUUUCAGUAAAAAAGGAAGGCCAAACUGGAAUCAUCUCAAGCAUUGCGUUUAGUCCUGACAACUCCGGAAUGUAUGCUCUGGGCUCCUAUUCUAAAUCAGGUAUCAAUCGCCAGAAAAACGUUGCCGCAAGAAAAGCACUCAACCACAGUACAACAUUUGUGUGUUUAACCUGAAGAGAAACUUUAUACUGGGAGACGAAGCUUAAAACUUGAUCUGCUUUAGCGUUAACAUUCUCUUAUCAGCACCCACCCUUACCACUCUGUCGCAUGGAAUGUUUACACCAGUGAACAAACUUCCACCUCUGCCUUAGUAGGAGAUUCCAUUUGUUGGUCAGUUUUUUUUAGGUGGUGCAGUCCUCCUCCUCCAAGAAUUUUGUUGGUAGAGUGGCCGGCAAGUUUCCAAGUUUAAAUCAACGCCUAAACUGGCAAAAUGCCCAUAAACUCAACUGCGUUGUACGAAAAACAAUAGUCUUAUUAGGCUAUUGCCGCUGAUCUGAGUACGAAAAUUUAGCUAUCCUAAAUAUAAAGCUCAACUGUACAUCUAAAACUUUUUGAUAAAUACAUUUUUUCCUUUUUAGUUGGUGUGUACUCAGAAUCGGAUGGCCAGCUGAUAUUUUUGCUCCAAGGACAGCAGGGUGGGGUAACGCAUGUCAUGUUCUCUCCUGAUGGCACGAAACUGUACAGCGGUGGCAGAAAGGUAUUGAGUUAAAGAACUUCAAAUAACAUUGCACCCAAAGUUAGACUGAGACCAGUGUUGCAGGAUUGUCCACGGGUUAGCAAACUACACUUGAGCGAGUGAGGUAAAAGCGCGGGGUGAUCUCGCGCGUAACAAGCUUGCUUGUGCGGCAAUCUCGAGGGUCUGCUAGCCCUCUAAUCCAAAGUUUAAAAAGGGGACAAAGUUUUCGUUCCAGGUGAAAAUUAAAAGCGCUGCUUAACACUUUCCUGUUGUGCUCUUAGAUGUUAUGCUGUUGUACCAGUAGUUUUACUUUGGGGUUAUAAACUUUUAAAAUGUUACCUUACCUGAAUGUUACCUUCCAAAAGCUUUCAAAGAACGUUUUCUUUGAUGCUACGUAAAGUGGGAGCUUGGCUCUUUUGGCAAUGCGAAACGUAAGUAAUUGGCGAAAAAGUUUAUGGACAUGACUAGAAAUCAUAGCUUGAUUACGCAGAAGUAUUACACGGCGGAGGGCGUUACAGCGUCCUCGAUCUGCACACUUCUUCAUAUCACACUCGACCUCAUUCAAAAAUGGUUUAUUUAUGCUCUGUAUGUUUACGUUUUCUUACUUUCACUUUCGAGUGUGCAAUCCGUGAUUAGUAAUGCCUACCGCAGACUUGGCUUACGGAGUGCAGUUAGAUAUUGUUUGUGCUUUACAUACUGGAUGAUCCGGGCUGGCCCGGUCUGCCGGGCCGGGUCGGUUUGUCAAGUUGCCGUGCUGGCUAACGAAGGUUUAGUUUACUUUAUUUAGUUUCGUCAGAAGCUUCUGGUUUAGUUUAGCUGAGAUCUCGGAAACGCACCGGCAAAUUGGGCCAGCCCAACUCAAAUAAUCAAUUGAAUGUAAUCUACAUUCCUUUGCACUGUACGCGUAAAAUGGUUAGUACCCUAAAAAUUGUUUCACGUUAUACAGUAACAUGUUUACUAACUUGCGCCUUCAUUGUGUCGGAUAGGAUGAUGAAAUCAUAUGCUGGGAUGUUCGUAAUCCUGGCACAGUUCUGUACUGCAUGAAUCGUUCGGUGGAUACCAAUCAGAGAGUCUACUUCGAUAUAGACAGGUAACUGUCCGAUUAAGGCAAUAUAGAAUACUUAUUGAGUUAGACGCUUAAAAAAUUAGUUUGCUUUGAUUUCACUUUGGCCAAAGUGAAAUCACCAUUUGUUAUUCGUUUCGGUUGUAGCUCCCUCUUCUUAGCCGCUUGGUACUAGCAAAUUAUACUAUCCUUCAAUUUCUGAUUGUAUUUGUCUCAAUAAGGUGUGAUGCGAUUCACGUCUUUUUAGUGAAAAAAAGAAAACUUUUUUUGAGACAUGCACGCUUCACCAUUGUCAGUCAUUAGAAAAAAGGAAAAUCCCUUUCUUUUCCAUGAUCUCUUAUAAUUAACUUUUUCCACUUAUCCAGUGACCUCCACCAUUUAAAUGUCUCUUUGUCUUUUGACAUUCUGUUUUUCUAGUGUGUCAAUAUAAGCAAAAUUCAGAACACCACGGUGUUCUUAGCCUGCGUACCAAACGUUUCUGAUGGAGUUAUUACACCAAAAAGUGGAAGAAGUGGGAGGGGAGAAGAGGAAACUCUCUUUCUCCCCUCCCUCCCCCCCUCUGCUUCGCUCUUGUCCAACUUUGCGACGAACUCGCGCGGAAACGCUUGCUACGCAAGCUUCGAUGUUCUGGCCUGUCAACACGCCUGAUGGCUUACCCACAGACUAAAAUCCAGCUUUACUAGCUUUAAUCUGGACACUGAGUCGCUUUUCAGAAAUAAUGCACUUCCCUUCCACCUCCUCGGCGCAGGUCUGGACAAUACAUCAUAUCUGGUAACGCCAACGGUACUGUUUCUAUCUGGGAUUCAACAAGUCCACCAUUAACCAGUGAAACAACAACAGAAGCAACACUUCAACCUAUCAUGCAGUUUGUGGCCCAUGGAGACUUUGUGAAUGGUGUCAGGUGAGUACUGUUGCUUACAAGCCUAACGGAUGAGCAAAAAAAUGCCGAUUUACUACUGUGAAAUCAAAGGACUUCUAUAAGCUUAAUUAAAAUACGCUGUCGUAGAGGCUUCGCUGUCUCCUUUUUUAUCAUUUUUUGGACAGGACCAUAAGUUGAGAAGUAGGUUUAGAUGCGCCUACUUCCAGCUGUAAGUUUGCAACAAAUUGCUUCUUUUGUCAGCAAAACUGAAUGCAAGUUUCAGGUUUUCCGUUACUGUUGUGAAAGGAAAGACUUUAAGGAUUUUUGUGGAAUUUUUUUCUUCAGUUUCCAUCCCAGUCUUCCCCUGCUGGCGACAACCUCUGGCCAGCGGCAGUUUGCAGAGCCUGGUUCGGACAGUGAUGAGGAUCACGUCAACGCAAUGGAUCAAGAUACUGGGAUACAAGUGGAUAAUUCACUAAGAAUAUGGACAGCUGCGUGA